GGGCUUGAGCCGGCGGCGACCUGGCUUCCCAUGGGGUCACCCUUCCAGCCACGAACUUCAGCGUUCCCGUCGGAGCCACUCGCAUCUCACCAGAGACGGAACUCGUGGGACUCGACAGCGAGCACCGCGCUCGAUGUCUUGAUGUCCGACGACUCCUCAGGUGUGGCGCCGCUGGAGACAGCGCAGCCGCCUCCGGCUCCUGCCUUUUUCGAUCUCCCAAGCCAGCAACACAACAAACCCGCCAACAGCCAAAGCCGCACCCCGAUCAAGCGAAAGAAUCCGAAGACCCACCACCACCAGCAGCAGCAGAAGCAGCCGCAGCAACACCAGCAGGAGCGUGUGGGCUGCACGCACUGCGGCUACUUCCCGGACAAGGGACCGGAUCAGCGCAAGAAGCUGGCGCGGCACGAACUCACCGACAAGCACCGUCGGAACACGGGGCAGGACGCCGUCGGCGAGGCUGGCCGCUUCCCGUGCCCGAGGUGCAGGACGACGUUCAAUCGGCAGGAUAACCUGUGGCAGCACGUGCGCAAGAAGCACGGUCGGCAUCGGAGCGUCGAGGGCUUGAGGGGCAGGAGGAAAGCGGCCUGGCGGGCGAUGGAGCAGUCGCCGCGACUGGGGGUGUUGCUCGCGGAAGUACCUGCGUGAUCAAUGCAGGGGUGCUGGCGUUGAAAUGAUGUCUUUGGAAAGGGCUAUUUGGCAUGGUGCUCUGAUUGUGUGCUGAGAAAGUGGUUCCUCUUGCGUGCUGGGCUACGCGUCACACGAAGUAUGCUUUUUGGCGGACUUCAUUGAAGCGAAGCUUAAAGAUGAAGCUCCGUAACAGUGGUUACAUACACAUAGUGUAUGCACUGUAGGAGCGAAGCUAAGCUUCGCUUCAUUUACUGGGCAAAUCCUCCAGAGUUUUUAGUGUUUCGAUUGGUCGAGAGGCCCAAAUCAUGUGACUUAGCGCGGUUUGUAC